UUUGCCGCCGAGGCAGUAGAGGAAGCAGUAGCGGAACUAGUGCUACCUGAUACUUUUGUUGAAGGUUGGUUUUUGAUGUCAUCAGAUCCAGCAGGUUGGAAUUUAAAGUUGAGGACUCCCGAACAGAGUAAGGCAAACCCCAAUGAUACUGAUGGAAAAAACCUACCUUACAAGAGAGGAGACCUGGUUGGGGUAGCGCCCGGGUACACUUCAAAAGCUGGAAGAGGGGGUGUGCUAGCACCGGUACCUCAGAGGAACAUCCUAUCACGAAAGGGGUAG